CCAACUGCUUUUAGCCCCUCUUUCCAGGCACCUCCAUGGCCACCUGGAAGUCUGUUGGUCUCCCUCCCAGGUUCAGGCUUGGCCCUUGGCGGUUUGGAUCUCUCUGACCCUUCUUCUGUGUUCUCUGGUCUCUCCUGCUGUCCACAGGCAGGCCUCAGGGCUUCAGUCUGGCCUGCAUCUGGGGUUGGGGGGGAGGUUCCAUGACAGUUGGAGAGAUUCCAGGCGGUUGGGACAUUGCCCAUGGACUCAUGCUCUACCCUGUCAAAGGCUCUGUACCAGGUGAUGGAGGUGCAGUGGGAAAAAGAAGAGAUCUGUUCUCUACCCUCAAGGGGGUCUGUUCGGAAAGCUCGCGGUGUGAGAGGAACCCUGUGAAGUCUCGUGUGGCUGGAGCGGACAUGGUCUCUUCCUGGGAGGAGGACCGCAAGUUCAUCCUGCGGGGCUGGUCUCUGGUCUUCAGCAUCCUCGCAGCCCUGAUGAUGCUCAGCGUGGUGGAUGGACGUCUGGCAUACUUGCAGGGCUCUUACACUGGCUACCUGGGCUUCUGGACAGACUGCAGGAAGUACAAGUGUGUCAGCCUGGGCCAAGUCACCGUUCUCAUCCAUAUGAGCAUGGGCUUCAUGAUGCUGGCCCUGACCCUGUGUCUCAUCCUCCUCCCCUUCAUGUGCCUCUCCUUCCGGCCAGUCUUCCGACGCCUUACUAAGAUCGACCUUGUCUUCAGUUUUCUCAGCUUCAGCACUGGGUUCCUGAUCGUUCUCAGUCUGACGCUCUUUGUAGUCAACUGUGAGACGCUACACCCGAGGCCACAGGUAUCCUACCUGGUGACCACCUACCUGUGCUGGGGCGCCGGCGCCUUGAUGCUGUUGGCCGGAGUGCUGAACUACUUAAACCACUUGGGCAUGUGGGGCAGAAGUUCGCCCUUCAUGGAGCGGCGUCUGAGCUGCCGUCGGUGGGUCUCGCAGCAGAACGCUCGGAGACGCGCGUCCGAACUGCAGUCCGACGCGGACCGCAAGCUCAGCCGGGACCUGUCCAGUGCACUCACCCCCGAGGGGCGCCCCCUCGAGCCUCUCUAAACAGUUGCACCCGAGCUUCGCAGGAAACUGACCGGUAACCGCAGCCAACAUACCGGGCCCGUCCCCUCCGUCGUGG